UCAGGGGCGGUCGAGCCUUUGGUGCUGGGAAUAGUAACUGGCAAGCAUGGGUGCGGAGUCACAGAACAAAGAGAAGAUUGCACAGUUUUUGGAGUCCGGUAUUUACAUGUUUGAAGAUUCUAACGCUGUUUUCGUGGAUCCUGUUCGUGUUCUGAAUCGUUCCUACAACCACGUCAGGGUUUCUCCUUCUUCAUACUACACUCGUUUCUUCGAAUCCCAGCCCUCCAAUCAAGAUCCUAGGCUUAGUUCCACUUCCAGAAAACGAAAACGAAAACAAAAUGUUAAGGAACCUCGAAUUCUGAACGAAAGAGAACAUAUUGCCGAACAGCGCCAUCGGGAAGCGAGGUCCUUUUUGCUGAAGGCGCGUGAGUCUUUGCAAAAAUCUACUGGUCUCUUAGAUGUCUUGAGCAAUUUGAGGAAUGAUCCUAGUUCCUCAGCGGAUUGCGAAUUUUCAACAUUGCCAGUGGCUCAGCAGUCUUUCGUUGAACUAGGACAGGUCUGGCAAGCACCACUCUAUGAGAUAACUCUUAAUGUGCGUCUUAGUGGUCAGACAAAUGAGGACAAAGACCGUACAGAAAAGAGGAUACUCUCUGUAUUCAAUAACUUGAUUGCCAACGAGACCACUGAUGAUGCACAAGCUGAAUUUUUGACCAAUCAUUAUAUAAUACCUCGAGAGAGUUGCUUCUACAUGUCUGACGUGGGACAGAUUCACAACCUAGUUCCUGCCAAUGCUGAUUCUGGCUUCAACCUCAUAGUGGUUGAUCCACCGUGGGAAAAUGCUAGUGCCAACCAGAAAUCAAGGUACCCAACCUUGCCCAACAGAUAUCUUUUAUCUCUUCCUAUUAUGCAACUUACUCACACUGAAGGAGCACUUGUAGCCUUAUGGGUGACCAACAGAGAGAAACUCCGUGGUUUUGUUGAGAGAGAGCUUUUUCCUGCGUGGAGAGUCAGCUAUGCUGCUACUUUUUAUUGGUUGAAGGUGAAAGCAAAUGGAUCCUUGAUUGGUGACUUGGACCUCUUUCAUCAUAGACCGUAUGAAAUCCUUAUUUUGGGCUACAGCUGCGGAAAGGCCACAUAUUCUGACAGGCAAUCGAAUUUUAGGCCAGUAAAAGAUAAUUGCGUGAUUAUGAGCAUUCCUGGGGAUUACUCAAGGAAGCCCCCGAUUGCAGAUUUGUUAAUGGAGUAUGUUCCUGGGGUGAGGCCGGCCCGAUGUAUUGAGCUAUUUGCCAGAGAAAUGAUCACUGGGUGGGUUAGUUGGGGGAAUGAACCCCUUCAUUUUCAAGACUGCAGAUUUUUUCGCAGAAGAUAGAAGCAUGAUUCAUGAGAAAAAUCUGAGGCCGGCCAUUUGCAGCCCUCAUUUCAACCAUUUGCUUUCAGUUGCAUGAGCUAAUUUCUCAUGCCUGCUAAACAUAGAAAUCAAAGAAGCAUUUCUGACCGACGCUCAUUUGGUGAAAAUAUACGAUGAAGGAGCUUAUUGACCUGUCUGCUAAGAAAAGUAUUCGGAGACAGUAGAGGUGUUCCAAAGGCGUUCAAGUGAACCUUUUGUUGGUUACCUACAACCCCAGGAACCAAUCAAUGAUAUGGAAAUUAUAUUCAAUAUGUUAUCGAUCAUUCUUGUUGUCAUGUAAACAAGUCGUUUUUUAUUUCAAUCAUAGUGGGUAUUGUACACCUGUAUGGUGCCUAAAACGAGUCACGUUCAUGCCUGUCUAAUUUACCCAUGAACAAAAGGGAGAAACAGUGGGGUCUUUCUGUCUUCUGUGGCCUACCUCUCAAAAAAUUUGGAGAAAGUCGGGGGCAAGAGGAUGGAAAGACUUCAAUGCCCUUAUUAUUGGGGUUCUGUUUUGGGACGUGGUUUUGCAGGUUCACUUAACCUUUUUACAGGUGAAAUAUGCGAAUCACAUUAUUUUUUGUUGAGGCAUGAAA